AUGCGUCGUAAGGCUCAAAUCCAAUUUACGACGUUGUGUUGGUCGAUCUUCGUCGCCGGCUGGAAUGACGGUACACUAGGGCCGUUGCUUCCCCGCCUCCAGGAGGUCUACCACGUUGGAUACGCAAUCGUAUCUCUCAUUUUUAUCGCCAAUUGCGUGGGAUUCCUUUCCGGCGCAACAACGUAUCUAUACCUCACGGAUCGCUUUGGUUUUGGGAAGAUGGUAGUGUUUGCAUCCGUGGUGGCCAUGGUCGGGUUUUCUCUGGAGUCCGCUGCGCCGCCGUUUCCCGCAUACGUGAUCGGAUAUCUCUUCAGCGGCUUCGGCAUGUCUUUCCUGGAUGCGGGCUCCAACGCGUUUCUCGCCAGCAUAUCCGAGGACACCUCGAACAAGAUGGGCAUUAUGCAUGCAAUUUACGGCGUCGGAGCGAUGUGUGCGCCCCUAGUGUCGACGCAGUUCGCGCGUCUCCAGCGAUGGUCGUUCGUGUACCUCGUCCACAUCGGGAUCACGUUCGUCAACGCUGUGCUCGAGGUUUUGGCUUUCCGUUUCAGGAGUCAAGAUGACUGCCUGCAGGAGACUGGUCAAGCGCCGCCUGAGAAGACGAAAGAGUCGGAGGCGGGCAUGAACAAGUAUCAGCAGAUCUUUCGCCUACGCGCCGUGCACCUGAUGGCGUUCUUCAUUUUCACUUAUGUCGGAGUCGAGGUUACUAUCGGCGGCUGGAUUGUCACGUACGUGAUCAACGAGCGACAUGGAGGCCCCAACUCGGGAUAUAUCUCGUCUGGGUUCUUCGGAGGCCUGACUGUCGGACGUAUCGCCCUUCUAUGGCUGAAUAAAAAGAUCGGCGAAUGGCGUGUCAUCUUCCUGUACAUCCUGAUCUGCCUCGGCCUAGAGCUCGUCGUCUGGCUCGUCCCCGAUCUCCUCUCGGGCGCGAUCUGCGUGUCCUUCGUUGGGUUUUUUCUAGGCCCAAUCUACCCGAUCGUCAUGAACCACGCUGGAGCCGUCCUACCCCCUGAGCUCAUUUCCGGGGGCAUAGGCUGGAUUGCGAGCUUCGGUGCCGCAGGCGCGGCCGUGUUCCCUUUCAUUACCGGGGCAAUUGCGUCUAGAACGAGUAUCGCGAGUCUCCAGCCACUGUUGAUAGCUAUGAUGGGUCUCUUGUUGGUCAUUUGGGCUUUUGUGCCGCCCACUCGGGUGCGCACAAAGUGA